UACUUUUUAUACAACGUCCAGUCCAACACUGAAUUUUCAGAACCCACAUCGCACUCGAAUAAUCAACCGAUGAAAAUUACCACUAUCUUGUCAUCUUCCUGCUUUUGGCUCUUCGUAUUGCUGAAUUCUGCAAAUCCUUGUGCAACGGUGUUUUACAAAGGAGGCAAUGAAAAAACAGAGGAGCUUGAAGACGUCAAAAGAUCACAUUUCCCGGGUGGCUUUCUCUUUGGUGUCGCCACUUCUUCAUAUCAAAUUGAGGGUGCGAUUCUCGAAGAUGGAAAGGGCCUCAGUGACUGGGAUGUUUUUGUGCACAAAAAUGGUAAUGUAGAGAAUGGAGACACUGGAGAUAUAGCCACUGACCAUUACCAUCAUUACAUGGAAGAUAUAGAGAUGAUUCAUUCUCUGGGGGUGGAUGCUUACCGGUUCUCCAUUUCCUGGCCAAGAAUCCUCCCAAAUGGAAAACUCGGUGAUGUUAAUGCUGCUGGAAUCAUGUUUUACAAUAGUAUAAUUGAUAACCUUCUGGUCAGAGGAAUCCGGCCAUUUGUGACGAUUCACCAUGGUGAUCUGCCCCAAGUGCUUCAUGACAGAUAUGGUGGCUGGCUCAGUCCUCUGAUUCAGGAUGAUUUUGUCCAUUUUGCUGAAACAUGUUUCAAGAAUUUUGGCGAUCGGGUGAGGUAUUGGGUCACCAUCAACGAAGCAAAUUUGGUUUCAGAAUUUGCCUACGAAAUGGGAAUAUUUCCACCAGGCCACUGCUCCCCUCCUUUUGGCAACUGUUCGAAGGGCAAUUCAGAUACUGAGCCCCUGACUGCAAUGCAUAACAUGUUACUUGCACAUGCCAAGGCUUCGAAACUCUACCGUGAGCAGUUUCAGCCCAAACAGGGUGGUGUAAUCGGCAUUGUGGUCAACGCAUUUAUGUACGAGCCAUUAACUGAUGAUGAGCGCGACAAGGAAGCUGCAAAUAGGGCUUUGGCUUUUAAUGUGGCUUGGAAUCUCGAUCCUCCAGUGUUUGGUGAUUAUCCUCCAGAGAUGCGUCGCUAUCUCAGGAAUGAGUUACCCAAAUUCACGUCCGAGGAAAGACUGCUCAUCAGGGACAGCAUCGACUUCCUCGGAUUAAACCACUACGGAACUCUUUAUGCUAAGGACUGCGCACGAUCGAGUUGUGCCUGCUCCGGAUCUGCGUGUGUGGCCGGUGGAGACCGUGCCAUCCGGGGCUUCGUGUCUACUACUGAAGAGCGUGACGGUUUUUUGAUUGGGGAACCAACAGGGUUGCCAAUAUGCUAUGUUGUACCAAGAGGAAUGGAAGAGCUUGUGGAUUAUGUAAAGAACAGAUACCAUAACAAGCCUAUAUUUAUUACUGAGAAUGGUUAUUCUCCACCGCAGCAAGAAGAUCAACUUGAUGACCUGCUGGAUGAUAAGCGGAUUGAAUAUCAUAAAGCAUACCUUGCAUCCUUGGCUCGAGCCAUGAGAAACGGCGCCGACGUGCGGGGAUAUUUUAUUUGGACAUUGAUGGAUGAUUUUGAAUGGACGCUUGGCUAUGGUGUAAAAUUUGGACUUUGCUCCGUGGAUCGUACGACGUUGAAUCGAACACCUCGAUCCUCUGCUGAGUGGUACAGAAAUUUCCUCAGGAAAUCACCUAGCUCCAAUAAUAAUAAUACGGAGCGGAGACCCACAUUUUCAUUUAUUUAGGAGUAAAAGUAGGUGGAGCUGAUGGGUGACGGAUUCCACACUAUUUUCUGCUCUCCAUAUUUCCGUCCGUCCAUCUUUGAUCGAUUCUUUGUUUGGACAGUGAAUUAUUUAUCAAAA